AUGGUUGGAAGCAUGAAGACGAGAGGCAAAACCGCCGCGAUGGCUAAAUCCGCGACGGCCCAAAGCCACUCCGCCCACGAUCCCGCGAUCGACAUGGUGGCCCCACCACCUCUAACCACCGCAUCGGCCACCGCCGCCGAACAUGGUGGAACCUCCUAUCAAGGUGGGCUUGUUACCACCGCUGACUUAGGCCCGAUCUUGGAGCAACUUCAAGCGAUCCCUUCAUUGCCUCCACGCUCGACACACGCUCCCGCGCACACCUCCAAUGAAACCCUAGCCCGUGUGCAAUUGGGCUCCACACACUUCUCUCCUCCUGAUCCACGAAGUCAAGCAGACCUUAGUCUGAGAGUUGACCAGCUAGCUCAGAGAAUGGACAACCAAAGCGAUCUGAUGAGGCAACUCCUCCACCAAAUCAGCUUGGCUCAAAACCUUGGCCUUGGACAACUAGGCGAAGAGAGAAGGGUGGACGAACGCACCGGCAGGCAACUCAACGGGUACCCAGCAGGUCAAGCAGGAGUAGGCAGACAAGGCGAGGGACAACAACUUGAUCGGCCUACCGACAUGUCACAAGCAUCCGUGAGCCCCACUCGGAGCAGAUUAAGUUCGAGGAACAACAUGCGCGAGAGGCUAGGCCCACGACUUGAUGUCCACGCCCGCUUGGGACCGCAGGGAAAUGUACUUCAAAGGCUAGGCCCAGGGAGGACAAUCAGACAACCAUCGCAACGAGAAUCGUGA